AUGACUACUCUCUUGCAUGUGCAUUUGUAUCUUCCUGGCUUUGUCUUCUGGGCUUUGCUGAAAUCAGGCACCUUUGGACUACCGAAUACCACUGAACUUCUUUACCCAACCAGCGGCACUGAGGCAGGUCUCCUACCUAACCUUGGAGGACCUAGGACUCGUGGAAAGCGCUAUAUUUCUCCCAGGGACAUGAGCACUCUUUUGGACUAUCACAACCAAGUGAGGUCAAAGGUGUCUCCGCCAGCUGCCAACAUGGAGUAUAUGAUGUGGGAUGAGAAGUUGGCCAGAUCUGCACAGGCAUGGGCAAAACAUUGUAUAUGGGACCAUGGACCUCCACAUCUGAUGAGAUAUGUUGGUCAGAACUUGGCCAUUCACUCUGGCAGGUACCGUUCAGUUGUGGACCUUGUGAAAUCAUGGUAUUAUGAGAAGCAGUAUUAUUCUUUUCCUUAUCCCCAUGAGUGCAAGCCCAGAUGCCCUUCCAAAUGCAGUGGUUCAGUCUGCAGCCAUUAUACCCAGAUGGUGUGGGCUUCUUCCAACAGAAUUGGCUGUGCUGUUCAUACCUGCACCAACAUGAAUGUGUGGGGCAGCACCUGGCGGCGAGCAGUCUACUUAGUGUGUAACUAUGCUAUUAAGGGAAACUGGAUAGGAGAAGCACCUUACAAAAUGGGGAGACCCUGCUCAGCCUGCCCACCAAGUUAUGGAAGUACCUGCAGCAAUAAUAUGUGUUACUCCGGACUCAAAUCCAACAAAGUGUCCUGGUUCUGAACUUGCUGGAUAUAUUCCAAGCUCUGCAACAGCCGGAGAAUCUGGGUGUUGGACUUAUAGCUGAAAAGGGGAGAAGCAUGGUGCAGUGUACGACACAUUGUAAAACAAAUGGAUUAUUUAUUCUUGCAAAGUCCUC